GUGCGUGCUUAGAACGUGACAACUUGUACGCCAGUAAUCGUGAAAGAACGUAUCCAAUCGAGUCUAUAACAUAAUAUAAUAUAUUAUAAUAUUUAAUAUAAAUAUCUACGUGACUCCACAACCAACCGCAAAAAUGAAAACCUCAGUUGCUAUUCUUUUGACCAUUAUUUCAAUGGCUGCUGCUUCUCCUCUGUUCUUCGGACCUAAACAUCACGAACACCACAUUAUCCACGUACCAUACCAUGUACACAAAGUACCAGUUUACAUCAAAGAACCCGUAUACAUCCAAAAGCCCGUCUACAUAUACAAGACAGUUGAUCAUCACGAUCAUCACUAUCACCAUGAUGACCACUAUGAUCACGAUGAUCAUUAUGACAGUCAUUGGUAUUGAUAAGACUAAUAAUAAUAAUUUUUAAGAGUUAAAAACAUUUAAAAAUUCAAAACCUGCAAUUUAUUUUUGUAGUAUAAUAAUAAUAUAAGUUGUAAACCGUUAACUUAAAUCCAUUUUUUACCAUGUAAAAUAAUAUCUAUUGUUAUUGCUUCUUUCAAUUUACCUCAUUGUUUUAUUUAGUUCAUUCAAUGUAGUUCUUAUAUUGUUAUUUUUCU